GAGAUAUUCACAUUCACAUUUGUGAGCUCCGGGCAUCUAAUUUGAUUGCUCUUUCUUAAGGAUUGAGACUGCAACGUCUGGGCAGCGCAGCAAUGCUCAUUCCAGAAAGCAACAUGGCUUGAAGCCCUCGCAAUAUGCGAGGCUCUCAACUGCUUGCGAGCCAGUCACCUGCGACUGGGAUACGGGGUCCGAAGACCUGUAUAAACACUACCUCGCUGUUUGCUACGGCUGCGUGCAUGAUCCACUUAUCCUGAAGCGUUGGCUGGCACCCGAGUCUUGAUCAAAGAUCGUCAAGCGGCGACGUUCAAAAUGCAGGACCCCUACGGUCAGCAAGAGCAGCACUUACCUCCCCCCAUCUCACCUCAAAGUCACCGCUGGGUGGCGCACGAACAGUCGUUUCAGGGCCCUCUACAAUGGUCUCCUCAAGCGCAGCCUCGAACGCAUCUCAUCCAUUUACCAGCACACCACCCUCCAGAUCAAAAAGUCUAUGGACAUGUCGGACAGCUUGAAGCGCGCGUCCACUCGAUGACGAUCGGAACCCGACACAUUGCAUACCCUGACAUGCCUCGCCAAGCAAGCGGCAAUGCAGAAGACUCAUACACCCGGGGCCCAGAAAGUAUUGUUCCCGGAGUCAUUGGUCCGACCCAAGCGCUAGGACAUCCCACAGGGCCUGCCUUUCCGUCAUAUCAAGCUCCUGUCGGAGGCCCGCAAAGGGUGGCAUCGAUUCGUCGUCCUUUGCCCCCAACGCCUGGACGUGGCUCUCCAUCACCAUAUGCCCAUGGGGGCAUGGCCACCGUAAGGUGUCAAUCUUCGACCCCGCUCUCACCUUCAGCAACGCUGUCCAGCUUCCCGAACCCGCUCAGCUCUUCCUCAACGGGUUCGACCCGGCAGUCGUCCUAUGAUCUUUCAGAGUUUCCCGAAAACCAUGGGUAUAGGGGAGACUUCAUCGUUUCCGACUCAUAUCACGAGGACGCUGCAUCACGAAUAUCGUUCUCCGGGGAUGGGCAAGGCGCAAACACUGAAAUUUCGCUUUUGUCACACUUGGCCUUUGGCGUCAGACGCUCCGUGCAUCGCGAGCAGCAUCAUCGCGGGCACGUGGUACAGUACGGCUUCACAGGCCGUGGUCUCGUCGACGCUUUGGAGGCUUUGAUGAAACCUUCAGGAAGGCUCGAGCCUGCGAUGAACGAUUUCGUAGGCGAAACCCCCCCUUCACGCGCACUGGCACUUCAGAUUGCUCGGUCUUUACAGGCUCAAUUAUGGGUGCAUUCAGUAGGGUGGGACGCUAGCGAGCUAUGCGACGACCCAGAUGAGAUAUACAAUUUUCUGAACGAGGAGGAACAGGUCAGCAGCGGUGACAAUGGCGUCUAUUCGGAGAUCAUGGAUAUCGAAAGCAUACCAUCGUCGGUCAUCACGCCCUUGACCCUGUGCUACUCGCCGCUAUGCGCACAGGACGGGGGCAAUCAGCCAUACGCUUGCUAUUCUCCUCAAUGCCCGCGAGCGAGGUCGAUAGCAUUGCGGAGUGCUGAACUCGGCAUCACCGACACAAAUGUCAGUGGCAUGUUAGGGCCGACGGGCGAUGCAUCCUGGGUGCAAGCGGACCGAGUCGGGAAACAAAAACUGGCAUGGGCCGAAAUUGUUCCUCCGUCGGUUCUCAACUCGUUGACCAAGGCAGAAAUCUCACGACAGAACGAGAUCCAUGAAGCCAUUCAAAAAGAGGAAGAAUUUUACGAGGACCUUUCCCUUUUGGACACCUUGUUUCUACCCGGGUUGCAAUGGCCGAACGCACAAGGAGAUCCUCCGCCGCUGCCGCUCGGCGAAGAGCGCGAUGCUUUCAUCGCAGAGGUCUUUUCCAAUUAUAGGCCGCUUAUCGAUCAGGUCCGAACAUUUCUUGAACGCCUACACCAGCGACAACGAGAAGAAUCACCCGUGAUCCAAACCAUCGGCGAUAUCUUCUUGGAUGCCGCUCUGGACUGGGGUGACGCCUUCAUCCGUUACAUCGUGAACUACCCCUUGGCAAUCGCCCGCGUCCGCCGCGAGCUGGUCAUCAAUCCAAAAUUCAGGGCGUUCGUAGAGACUGCUCGGAGAGACCCGCGGUGUCACCGUUUGACACUUGAUCACUUCUUGUACCGACCUUCACCACGGUUGCAACGAUACCGCUUGCACCUGCAAGAGAUUCAUAAACACACUGACGAGUCCAACUAUGACCGCGACACCAUUGUUCAAGCAAUGGAUGUUAUAAAUGACCAGCUUCAAACGUGCAAUGCAGGGAUGGUCGCUGCAGAGCAGAAAGCCAAGAUCAGGGAGUACGCAUUCACUUUCACAACACUAAGAUCGAAGGGCGCGCCGGAGCUUGAUCUCCUGAAUCCAGAGCGGCAGCUCGUCUACGAGGGAAGAGUAUAUCGCAAGCCAGAUGGCUUUGAUUUCGAGUGGCAAGACUGUCUUGCUAUCCUCUUUGAUCACUAUCUCCUCAUUGCCAAGACGAAGAAGGGCGACGAGGGAGACGGGGCGAGCUUAUCUUCCCAUCGUCUUGCUCUUGCACGGCGGCCUUUAGCUCUGGAAAUGCUUGAGCUGGUCUCAUUUGACGAUCCGCCGAUCUCAAGAUCUGUCGGGCUUGGCACAUUCAAUCUGCGCAAUGCAGACAGGACGGACACACGCGAGGCCUUUCCUUUCACCCUGCGCCAUAUUGCAUCGUCCGAGCUCUUUACGCUUUUUGUCGCAAGUGCAGCGAUUCGCGAGACCUGGCAGAGCAAGUUGGAGCACGCCCGCCGUUCUCGUCUCAGUGUCCGAGAACUCAACCGGCCCUUUGAACUGCAGCCUCUCAGCGCUGAGAUAUUUGCACUGCCUCCAGUUCAUUACGGGGAUCUGGAGCGACCACCGCCGGGUGCUGAUCCUUCCCUCUUUCAUGGAAGAGUCACAUGUGCUGUUCCUUUCGCAACCGCAGACGGGCGGCGCCUGAUUGCGAUAGGCUGUGCUGAUGGUGUGUGGAUUGGGCUUCGCCACGAUCCUCGGUCGCUGCGAAAAGUGCUGCACCUGAAGCUCGUCACCCAAUGCGCGGUCCUCGAAUCAUUCGGCAUAUUCGUUGUUCUUGCGGACAAAGUCCUGAUAUCGUACAGCUUGGAAGCCCUGGUGCCGUCGGCCGAUGUUGCAGGAGCUCCGCCGCGCCCGCCUCAACGACUUAGCGGGAAUAGAGACGUACUCUUCUUCAACGUCGGGUUGUUGAAGGAACGCACACUUCUGAUCUACAUGAAGAAAAAGGCGAGCGAGAGUGUAUUCCGUGCGCUCGAACCAGUGGUGAACACUACGCGUAACCAAGAUGGUCGUGGCGGUAGUGGCUUCUUCGGGAAAUUCGGCAAAGACUCAAAAAGCUCAGAUUGGUUCAGGGUUUACAAGACCUUCUUCAUUCCUUCAGAUGCAUUCAAUCUUCAAUAUUUGCGUUCAAAACUUUGCGUCAUCUGUGCGAAAGGGUUUGAGAUCAUGAAUUUGGACAGCUUGCUACCUGGCACGAUUCCCGACUUCUCUCAAUGUCCGCGGGACGAUGCACAAGUUCAGAUGCUCAUGAAACGGAUCGAGACAUCCAAGGCUCUGGGUAUGUUCAAAAUUUCAGAGAGCGAAUUCCUACUCUGUUAUGACUCCUUCGCUUGCUAUGUCGACCGUCUCGGCAGCCCGGUGCGUCUGGCAAGCGCAUUCACAUGGGAAGGCCAUAUACGGUCUGUCGCCUAUUCUGCACCCUGGGUCAUUGCGUUCGACUCGCGAUUCAUCGAGAUACGCGAUGGGUUCACCGGUAUUUUGGCACAAGUACUCUGGGGCAGGGACAUACGCAAUGUUUCCGGCGGGACUAUUCAAGGCCCUGCCGAUGGUUCUUCGAUCUUGGUCAGCGAGCGUCGACAGGCGGGUGAUGCUACUUAUGAUCUUCAACUUGUCUCCGAGCUUGUCAGACGUGCAUCCUCGUAUGCAGAUUAUAUUUAGUGUUGUGCUCUCCGGCGAAUGUCUGCCAAGUUUCGUUGACGACCUGCUGUUCUCUUGUGCAUCGACCGACGCGUCGCGACUGUUGGCGCUACAGAAGGACAAUCCCCGAAGGUGCAGAGGCCCUCCACCAAGGUGGAGAUAAUGGCUAGCAGCAUCUGAGGAGCAUACAAGUGCAUAUGCCAUAGUCGAGCAAGAGUGAUAAGAGAGGAGAUGGCAACGCUGGCAGGCGUGCCGGUGGUGG